AUGGGGGACCGACUCACGCAGCUGCAAGAUGCAGUUGAUCAGUUCGCUCAGCAGCUCGUGGCUUCUCUGCAUUUCGUCCAUAUGAGGCACGAUCUCGAGCCAUUGGGCCCGAAGGACAAGAUCCGCGAGCCUAAGGAGCAGGUACCAAAAGAAGUGGACGCACUCCCUCCCCAAGAUUUCCGAGCCGGCCUAGUCGAGCUGGCGCGAGACCUGAUCGUGAAAGAACAACAAAUCGAGGUGCUCAUCUCCACAUUACCCGGCCUCGACAACAGUGAACAAGAUCAGGAACGACACAUUAAAGAUCUUGAGGAAGAUCUAAAAACGGCCGAGGCACAGCGGGUGGAGGCCCUGAAAGAGAGAGAUCACAUUUUGAAACAGCUGGACUCCACUAUACGUAUCAUACGGCGACCAUGAACCAUGAAUGUUUCUUUUAAUCGACAUGCUUUCUUUUACUUGGUAGCGAGGCGUUAAGGAUACCUAGAUAUUGGGUUAUGGCUGGCUGAUGGCCAGGAUCACAGUGGCCAAAGCUUGGGAGACGGUUAUUGUGUAACAUCGCGAAAAGGAAUAACAUUUGAUUGUAUUUCAUGUCCAAUCUGUACCUGGUCAUCCCCUCAUAAAUUUCAUCCUCGAA